AUGGCGGCAGGCUAUGGCCUCCAAAGUGUUCGAGACGUUUUGCUGGUGUCUUAUUUUGACGAUGUCAUUGAUGAUGAGGAAUUUACGCUUCUUUACGAAGAAAACUAUUCAAGAGGAAUAUUUCCAUAUUGGAAGUAUGACAAAUUCGAUUUGGAUGAUUGGGAUGAAGAGGAAUGUAAAGUCGAGUUGAGAUUCUACAAAUCUGACCUUGCUGUCCUGCUCCAUGCAUUGAGAUUUCCCGAUAGAUUUGUUUGUUCUCAGAGGACUGUCUGUUCCGGAAUGGAAGGCCUUUGCAUCUUGUUAAAACGACUUGCUUUUCCUAGUAGAUUUACUGAUAUG